AUGGAUAAAGAAGAUGAAGAUGGCGUCAUAGACGAAAUCAAAACAUAUUACGACUGCAGAUAUAUAACUGCAUGCGAGUCGUCGUGGCGGGUUCUUGCUUUUCCUACAAAUUUCCGUACUACUUCUGUAGAGAAACUUGGAUUUCAUCUCCCGGAUCAGGAGCUGGUGUUUUUUGAUGAAGAUGAACCUAUUGAGAGUAUUCUGAAGAAAAAAUCUGUCAACCAAUCCAUGUUUCCGGCGUGGUUCAUAGCAUAUCAAAAAUACCCAGAGGCAAGAGAUUUGACAUAUGCCGAAUUUCCAACAAAAUUUGUUUGGAAAGCAAGUAUGAGAGAAUGGGUACCACGUAAACGAGGCUUUGCGAUAGGGAGGAUUGCACAUAUUAAUCCAGCACAAGAUGAGUUAUAUUUCUUAAGAGUAAUGCUAAAUUGGGUAAGAGGGCCGAAAUCAUACGAGGAUAUAAGAACAGUUGAUGGUGUUGUAUAUUCUACAUACGAAGAUGCUUGCUAUGCUUUGGGAUUGAUGGAUGAUGGCAAGGAAUGCAUAGAAGCUAUCAAAGAUUGCAGUGAUAAUAGUUCUGGAACAUAUGCGAGGAAGCUUUUUCGAGAAUCUACUUGGAAGUAUCUUACCGACGAUAUUCUCUACAAGAAACGACGACAAACUGGAAAUGCCGAGUUGAACUUGACCAUAGAUCGGAUCAAAAACAUUGCUCUAACCGAGAUCCAAAAUCAUUUGCUUAGCAAUGGUCGUAGCCUCCAGAAAUGGCCCCUAAUGCCAAAGCCAGAUCAUUUUGGUUGUUACAACGGCAAUCGCCUUAUAGAUGAUGGGCUUAAGUAUGUUGUGGAAGAUCAGCUAAAGGAAAUUGAAAGACUUAUGGCGAUGAUAACAGAUGAGCAAAGAGGGGUCUACAACGAGAUUUUGGAUGCAGUUUUGAAUGAUAGCAGUGGAGUGUUCUUUCUUUAUGGUUAUGGAGGCACAGGUAAAACCUUCGUAUAUAGAGCACUCUCAUCAGCAAUCCGAUCUAGACGUAUGAUUGUUCUAAAUACCGCAUCCAGUGGAAUUGCUGCAUUAUUGUUGGAAAGAGGUAGAACCGCACAUUCCAGGUUUGGUAUUCCGAUAGAUGCCGACGAGUUUACUACUUGCAAGAAAAUGGAACCAGGAUCAGAUCAUGCAGAAUUAGUUAAAGCAGCAAAGCUCAUUACAGAUUUUACCGGUUAUACCGGAGGUGGUAGAGCAGAGAUUGUUUUGGCGGCUCUGAAUUCGUCAUAUCUUUGGAAGCACUGCAAAGUUUUGAAGCUAACAAAAAACAUGAGAUUGCUCGCUGGUCUUAGUGAUGAUGAAGCAAAAGAGCUUCAAUCCUUCUCAAAAUGGAUUUUGGAUGUUGGAGAUGGAGAUGGAAAAAUAAAUUUGCCAAACGACGGUCAAGUUGACAUUGACAUCCCUUCUGAUAUGUUGAUAAAAAACACUGGAGAAGAUCCUAUUCAGACUAUUGCAAAGGAGAUUUAUGGACAAUUGCCAGGUGAAUACAAGGUUUACCUUAGUUCUGACAGUAUAAUCCUAUCCGAUGUUGAUGUAGAAGAAAAUGUUACCUAUCCAACAGAGUUUUUGAACAGUGUUAGAGUGGCAGGAAUGCUUAGACAUAAUUUGAAGCUGAAGGUUGGUGCUCUUAUUAUGUGUCUCCGUAACUUGGAUUUGGUAGAUGGUUUAUGCAAUGGUACUUGGCUAAUUGUUACUCAGUUGCUCCCCCAUGUGAUAGAAGGUAGAAUUAUAACCGGAAACAGUAUUGCUGGAGACAAAGUCUGGAUUACUAGAAUGUAUGUCAGUCCACCUGACACAAAGUUUCCCUUCAGAAUGCGUCGAAGACAGUUUCCCGUUACAUUGGCUUUCGCGAUGACCAUCAACAAAAGUCAAGGUCAAACACUUGGAAGUGUUGGUUUGUUUUUGCCUAGGCCAGUGUUCUCUCAUGGUCAGCUCUACGUUGCACUUUCAAGAGUUAAGUCGAGAUCUGGAUUAAAAAUCCUAAUAACAGAUGGAUGGUGA